CCUCAAGUCACUGGGGCUGGCCCUGCACUCCUGAGGUGUCUGAGGCUGUACUCACCAGUCUUUUUGUCUCCACCCUGUAAAUGCUAGGAUUAAAGGACGACACUGACCUCCCAACUUUGCAUUGCUCCUUUAGAAAGAGAGAAAGUUUGGUUUGAAGACAAGAUUCACUUCUGAAUUUGUUUUUUGGUGAGAAUUACUAAAAUUCACUGCCAGUUCUCACCUUCAGAAAGAAGAUGAGAAACCUCAGGGCCAAGAUGUGACUCAGUGGGUAAUAGCACCUGCUGCUCUUGCAAAGGACUGGAGGUACCAGCUGCUCGGUGUAGAAAUGGGCAAGUUCAUGAAACCCAGGAAAGUGGUGCUGGUCCUGGCUGGACACUACGCUGGACACAAAGCCAUCAUCAACAUUAAUGAUGACACUUCAGACCACCCUUACAGCCAUGCCCUGGUGGCUGGAAUUGACUGCUUUCCCCUAAAAGUGACAGCUUCCAUGGGCAAGAAGAAAAUUGCCAAGAGAUCCGAGAUGAAGUCCCUUGUGAAAGUUUAUAGCUACAACCAUUUCAUGCUCACAAGGUACUCUGUCGAUAUCGCCGUGGACAAAACUGUUGUCAACAAGGAUGUGAUCAGAGACCCAGCUUUAAAAUGCAAGGCCAGGCAGGAGCCGGAGGUCGAGUUUGAGGAGUCAUGCAAGAUAGGGAAGAACAAAUGGUUUUUCCAGAAGCUUUGCUUUUAGGUAUACUUUUGUUUCUGUCAUUAAAAUUAAAAAAAGAAGAAAUGAGCAGGCUUAGUAAU